CUGUUUUGUCCGUAGGUAAACGCUCGAGGAUCGACUGGUCAGCUUACAAAAUGGCAGCGUACAAAUUAUCCAGAAGAGCACGUUCAGAUUCCUCGGUGAAAUAGAAGCGAGAAACAGUUCCCGAACGUAGAAACAUCCCCGAGGACAAGCGGUCGUCACCUGGUCAGGAUUUUUUCGGACGUCGAAACGUCCAAGCGAUUGUUGCAUCGCUUUUCUCGGCUUUUCUCGUAAUCUACCUCGAUCGUUCCAUCGAAAACAGAUUAAACAUCGCAACGCGACACGGUGGAAAGAAGAUGCAACGCGAAACGAACAAUUUCAAUCGUAACCGGAAGAGAUGUAGACGCGUGAAAGAAAGAAAAUAAUCGAGGGAGAGGGGAGAGGGUGAGGGAAAAGACAAGAUGUUCGACGCAGUGAACGCAACAAAGACAGAAUUGUGCUUUCGGCCGGAAGAUCUGGAGGAUCCUCGAACACCGUCUCUCAGACGAAUCAGCUAUGGCAUUAUCCUGCCUGCCAUCUGUUGCUUGGGAAUCGUCGGGAAUAUUUUCAACUUGGUUGUCCUUACCCGACGCAACAUGCGAGGAACCGCUUACAUCUACAUGAGAGGUUACUCAGCAGCAGCGCUUCUCGCGAUUUCUUUCUGCAUCCCUUUUGCGCUGAGGGUUCUUAUUCAUCAGGAAACAGGCCAAUGGAGUAAUUGGCUUCAAGCAUUUUAUCAUGCUCAUCUCGAGCUGUUUCUCGGAAACGGUUGUUUAGGAGUCGGAGUGAUGAUGUUGCUAGCAUUAACGGUGGAACGUUACGUUAGCGUUUGCCGGCCUGGUCAGCACACCCGUCCACUCUGCGGUCCUCCGCAUUUAACCGUCGCUCUCAUCCCCUUGGCAACGUUUAUAAUUUAUCUGCCGAGUGCGUUCCGAGGACAAAUUACGACCUGUCUCCUCGAACCUGGAGGUUACGUUGUUUAUCAGAAGAGAGAGAAUCAAUCGUACCUCGACUCGAUGUUUUAUCAAGUGUACAAAGUGAUGUUGGAGAUGGUUUUCAAAGUGGCGCCAACGAUUCUCCUGGCUGGCUUUAAUCUCCGUAUCAUGGUGGUCUAUAGAAAAUCCUGCGAGCGUCGUAGACGAAUGACGUUAGCCAGAACCGUGAGCAACGACGAAGAUCCAAGAACAUUCGCGGAGGAACGAAGGCUGGUCCUGCUUUUAGGCAGUACCAGCAUCCUGUUCCUCGUUUGCGUCAGUCCUAUGGUAAUUCUCAACGUCACCUUGAGGGAAAGUAAUUUGAAUAAUUACGCUUAUCAGGUGUUCCGUGCCAUAGCGAAUUUGCUCGAGGUAACCAAUUACUCCAUCACCUUCUACAUCUAUUGUUUGUUCUCGGAAGAUUUUCGAAACACCUUGAUUCGUACGUUGCAAUGGCCAUGGGGGAAAAGUAGCGAGGGAGGAAGAGGUCUUCCGAUGAAACGUUCUCCACUUCCCAGAGCAACUAUCACUACUACCACCACCACCACACCACCGACAACCACCGUUGCGACUCCUGGACAUUUGACGCGUGCCAGCGUUUAGCUUUCUGCAAGCAUUUUUUCCCACCCUAUUCGAAAAGAAAAGUAAUUUGUAGAAUUUCCUAGUAAUUUCGUAGCAGGUGCGGAAUUCUCUUCGGUCCAAGAGAGUGGCAAGACUGACUUUAUCUAUGUUUUUUAUACUUUCAAAAGUUACAGUAAAGGAAAACGCUCGGCUUGUCAUGGAUCUUGAGCAUCAUGGAUUUAUUUGGCGAACGGUCAGUCAGGCUAGUUUACGCCAUAAAUUUGCGUACUUCCUGCGGACACGUUUUAUCGUAACGCGAUAUCGGAGAGAAGGCUAGACACAAGGUUACGAUAUCUUGGCAAAUAUUGGCGCGUUUUAUGUAUCGAACGAGCGGCCGACAAUAUUUGGCGUAUGGUCCUCGCGAUAUCGGGCAAACGUUCUCUUCAACGAGCAUGUACGUGAUUUUCAGCGUGUUGCUCUUCGACGUUGUAAAUAUACAGGCUGUUGCAUAACACGCGGUACCCCCUUCGCGGAUGAACAAAAGAUCGUGCAUUCGAAUGUUUAGUUCGUUCACCACCUUCCUAAUCUUCAUUUAUCGUUCAAGCGGGUCCAACGGGUUACGAAAUACUCUGUACAUAAAAGCAAACAAUUUCUCAAGAACACUGCCUCCUUACUACCCACAUAAAACGUAUAAAGUACCUAUAAACAAACUGGUAACGGCAGCGCGUAAAGUUGCAAUCGUUUUGGUUUCGUAAAAACGAUCGAACGCAAGGAAUAACUAGACGAUAAGAGUAAUCAUCGUCAAGAAAACG